UUAUUUUUUUUCUGGCCGGUGGAGCUACGUAACAACGUAGCACGUUGGAUUUAUAGCAUAGUUACUUGGGAACAGAUAAUGUUACAUUCAUGAGUCGUAAAGUUACCGUAAUGUGGCAGUUAUUUGGUAAAGUAUGUCUCUGUUAAAGUCCCGUCUGCUAGCCUUAAAUCAACAAAAGUUUAGCAGGAGCAGGUAACGGUUACGUUUCAUCCACCUUCAGUUCCGGGUUCUUUUUGGCUGAAAGUGCGAGUUCACUUUAGGUGAAAACCUGGCGGUUGCAGGUGAGCCGCCUAGGUCCACAUUCGUUGUCUUUAACAUGGUUCACAACAAAGAGCCUGAAUCUGAGCCUCGGUUCUACGGUUAUACCAGAACAGCUUCCGCAGUGCUGACACACUUUAUCUGCAUUGUCUUCACUGUAUUUAUUGCAGUUCUCUCUCGGCCGGGUUCAAGUUGGUUUUCCUGGCAUCCUUUCUUUAUGACACUAGCGUUCUCCUUCUUCAUGACAGAAGCCAUACUCCUUUUCUCCCCCCAUGGCUCCCCCAUCAAAAGGUUUUCACACAAGACAAAAGGUCGUGUUCACUGGAUCCUGCAGUGCCUCUGCGUGUCUUGUGCAGUCCUGGGUCUGGCAGCCAUCUCAUACAACAAACACCUGAAUGGUAAACCCCACUUCACCUCGUGGCACGGUCUGCUGGGCCUGCUCACAGUGUGCGUGGUGGGGUUUCAGUCUUUGGCAGCUGUGCCUCUCAUCUACCACUCUCUGGCCAAAGGCUGGUCCCUGGCCAAACUCAAACGCUACCAUGCAGCCUCUGGACUCGUCACAUACCUGCUCAGCAGUGCCAGCCUGCUCCUCGGCCUCAGUUCUGCCUGGUUCACUGCAUCUGUUGGGGAAUAUGCCUGGUACCUGUCAGCACUCUGCCCUGCUCUCACUGCCCUCGUCAUGAUGAACCAAGUCACCAGUGCGUACAUGGCUAAGAAACGGUUGCAGUCCUGACAGAAGACACAAUGUCGAUACUUUUAACAAAACACUCACUGAAUACUUAUGCAAGGUUUGCCUGCGAGAUAGAUUUUUUUAGUCAUGUGCAAUCAGUUAUAUUUGCAUGGAAUUCCAAAAGGAACUGAUUUUUGCAGCUGUACGCCUCUUCGAAGGUCUUGUCAAAACACAAGCACCGGUGCCAAAUGUGGAUAAUGAAAUAUUUUUCUUUUCUUGCCUUUUUUUCAUAACAUACACAGGACUGUAGUUACCAUUGAGGACACUGAGGUCAUGUCUUUUUUUGUUUUUUUUCGUAACACUUUAUUUGGAUAGUCCGCCUACAGAUAGUUUAUAGAAUUUGUAACAUUUCAACUGUUUCACAUUGUAGCUGUUUAACAGAUUAUCAAUAGAGUAUAUGUGACAAUUCAUGAACAUACCCUAACCAAGAUGUUUUUUUGUGCCCAAACCUAGAAAAUGGCUUUAUUUGGUAACCAGUUGAAUUGUUGAAUCUCAACUAAUAAGCCGUUGAAAUGUUACAAAUGCUCUAUAAACUAUCUGUAGGCGGAAUAUCCAAAUAAAGCGUAACCGUUUUUUCUAGGAAUUUGGGUGGUGUUUAAUGACUUGAAGGGUGUUAAUUUGACAAUUACACACAUAUUUCACAUGUUGAGAUUUUUUUAGUUCUUUCUGAUAUCUUUAGCCAUGCUAGCUUCAGUUUAUGACCAAAUACUGGCAAAACUAAUGACAUUCCCAUCAGCCUCAGCUCUACUUUGUGUUUAGUGCUAAUUAGCUAAUGUUAGCAUGCUAACAUUCUUAAAUAAAAUGGUGAACAUGGCAAACAUUAUACCUGCUCAACGUCGGCAUGCUAGCGUUAGCAUUUAGCAAAGCAGCUGCUAGCAUGGCUGUAGACUCUUAGUCAUCUUUUAGACUAAAUUGCUUAAAAUAUGACUGAUUUUAGGGCUCUCACACACUCAAAAAUCAAUUAAUUAAAUAAUGAAAAUAAAGGGUUUUAAUAUUCUCUACCAAGAUCGCAAACCGUGAAGUGUGAAGACCUCUGUUUCUAAAAUCUGGGCUACGGCCCUGAAUAUACAGUAUGUUGAAUUUUUGUAUCUCAGGUUGUUUAUUAUCCUGCCUUUUGACAAUUUAUGCUGCCUCUGAUUCCUUAUUAAGCCACGUUUGAAUAAAUAACAUCAUACUGAAGAUAUAUUGUAAAUUAAGGGCAUUUGUAAAUGAUUCACACUGCAAUAGAAGAGUGUUUUAUUGUUAAAAUAACAUUGAUAACACAGUCAUAUUCUGCUUCGAUCUAGGCUGCAUGUACGAAAUUCUUACUGGAUCAGCCGUCAAUGGGUCAAAGUGAACAAAAGGUUAAAAAACGUAAUUACAAAAAACAAUAUAUUUCCCAUCAUAAAUAAAUACAUUUCAGACACUUACACUGAAACAAGGGAAACUGCCAGGUGAGUGAAUACCAAUAAGAAGUUAUAAAAAAACAAAAACAAAAAAAAGAAAUAUUCCCAUUAAACAUAAAAAUGCACAUCAUUGACAAAUGGCAGACAGGUUUUGUUUUAUAAACUGAUGAUUCCCAAGAUUAAAAUGCAGUGUAAGUGCAAGUAUUUCCAACGGAUGGAGAAGACUGAGAAUAAAGACAUGGCGUCAGUAUGAUGUACCUUGUACAGUUCGCAAGCAGAUAUGAUCCUUUUUCAAAGUGCCAGCUUCACCUUCAAAUCUGAAACAAACCACCACAAGUCCCCAUGACAUGUGGAAGAAGACUGGAGAUGUCCUUGAUGAUAGAAAUGAAGCAUCCAGAACAACAACACGUUAGGAGCCAGUAGCAAAAACAACAAAAAAUGAACAGUACUUAGACUGUGGGAGCAAAAAGUCCCCACAAGAAAACAUCUCCACAAAAAAAUUGAACGUCAUAGGGAAUGACCUGUUGUCUCAGGUUAUCCAGUGUUUUCUAAAGGCUAAUAACCACGGUGUCUAGCCUAUUUUACCAAAGGAGGAAAGGGACCUUCCUAAAUCUACAUACCUUGAGGUGUCAUCACAACACAAACACAAGGCUACAGAGAACAGCAAAGACCUAAACUCCCUAAAGCACCGCAGACCUACACUGACUGACACUACUCACAGAAGCUACUUACACUGCACUGCUUUUAAAGACACACCUCUGUGAAAAGCUACCACAUAAUGGCACUGUCAGUUUGGUAAGGCCACCACACCACCUGACCUGGUUCUGUCACAGUCACAGGUGGUUGUAAUGAAUGUUAUCUGGUUUGAUGGUUGGUGGCUACAUUGACUUAAGGUUUUAUACACUGAGGCUGCAUGAAUGCAAUGUUUUCUACAGUUUAGGUAAUAUUUGUUCUCAGCAAGGUUCUGAAAAUAAAUCCAUAAGAAACUACAUGUAGGGUGUAGGUUGACUGAGUUUUGAUAUCAACAAAUGGUGGGGACGCUAAAGUAAUAACUGCAACAAAAGACAGCUGACCAGCUUUUGCAAAUGAGUUAACAACAUUAAACCUUGGUUUGUGCUCCUUUUGGCUUUGACACUUGGUGCUUUUAGUCACAAUGCCGAAUCUGCCCUACACACAACGAUCCCCGACACCGACUGUUUAAAUGCUCAGUAGUUCUUCCAACAGAUUUGUAAAAAGGAUGUACCAAGAUGAAUGCUAAGACUCAAGACCCCUUUGUGUUAUUUAAGGCUAAAAAUGAAAGAACACAGUCCGAAUCCUUGUCCCAGCCCCUGUGUUAUCAAAGGCUAACAUGAAAGUACAUUCAUUUUUGUUUUAAGGGAAAAGAAAAAGUAAAUUAAAAAGUUUAAUGUAAAUUUGUUUCCCCAGCAUACAUGCAAGGGCUUAUUUCU